AUGAAGUCUUCUUUGUACGGCCGUUCGGGCAGCAAGCGGCGGUCCCGGUCGCGGUCGCAUCGCCGCAGUCGGUCUCGCCACGAAGAGAGGCGCAGCGGUGCUUCUUCGUUCUCUUCCAGCUCCACGCCCAGCGGUUGGAAGAGCGAAAAGAAGAAGCAGUACCGUUUUGACUCGCCGCCGCGAACUGGCGAAACGCCCGAGGAACAACAAAAGAAACUCAUCCAACAGCAAAUCAGUGCGUCGCCAGCAGUCGCCGGCACGAGCCUGUUGCCCACCGUCGCGCCCUCCGCCGCCUUCUCCGGACCCGCGAGCAGCCUCGCCCUCGACGCCGCCGCCACGAAGGCAGCGAGAGAGCUCUACGUGGGAAACCUCCCGCCUUCUCUGGAGGUGCCGCAGCUCAUGGAGUUCCUAAACGCCGCGAUGGCUGCCGUCGGCGGCGCGCUCUUGCCGGGCCCGCCCGCAGUCAAGGCCUGGCGAAGCACCGACGGUCACUACGCGUUCGUCGAGUUUCGCACGAUGGAGGAGGCGAGCAACGGGAUGCAGUUGAACGGACUGAACUGCAUGGGCUUUAACCUCCGCAUCGGGCGUCCCAAAACCUACCCGCAAGACAUGAACCAUCUCAUUCCGCCGCCGACGAUUCCCCUUCUCCAUCCGCAGGCUGCCAUGGGCGCUGGGAUAGUCGGGGGUGCACUCCCCGGCGUGGGACUCGGCGCCGUUCCUGGGGCUGCGGGCCUUCCUGGAGCGGUGGCGGGUGUCCCUGGAGCCCAAACGACCGGGGCCGGAGGCGUCGGAACACUUGGGGGCGCAGCCGCCGCGGGCACGCCGGGGACCUCUGUGGCGACUGUUGCGUCCAAUCCGCAGGCCGCUCUGGCGGCCGCACAGCUCGCCGCCCACGGAGUCACUUCCUCACAAACGAAAGAAGACAAGAAUCAACAGCCUGAACGUCUGUGCAUUCUCGACCUCCCACCCCUCAUGUCGGAAGAAAAAGUUCGCCAGUUGGUUGAGACGUUUGGCCCAGUGAAUGCUUUCCAUCUGCUGAAGAAGGACGACGGCUCUGAGAUGGUCUGCAUUGUCGAGUACGUCGAUUUGGAGAGUCAGGAACAAGCUAUGGACAUUCUGCACUCGAACUCGCCGUACCGCAUUCUGCUUGCGGAAGAGGCGAUUCAGCAAGAAGUUAUUGCCCCGUUCUUCAAGAAGGCGAAGGCGAAGCAGAUGAAAGCGGAGGACGAAGAGGAAGAAGAGAUGGACGGAGAGGAAAUGAGCAUCCAGGCCUUGCUGCGGCCGCAGGUGUGCACGCGCGUCCUCCUCCUCUCGAACAUUGUCGACGUUGAAGACCUCCUCGACGACAAGGAGUACGAGGAAAUCGUGGAAGACAUCCGCUUGGAAUGCGAAGAGUGUGGCGGUCCAGUGCUGUCGGUGAACAUCCCGCGCCCGGUUAGGGGAUUUGAGCACGAGAGCCAGCCUGAGUAUCAGCAGAAAGAGCGCGAGACAGCGGCGCACGCGAAGAAGGAAGAGGGAGAUUCGGAGGUGAAGACCGAGGACGCAGGCACAGCGAUGGUGAAGCAGGAGGUGACCGAGAACGCAGCGGACGGCGAGAACGAGGGUGUUGAAAAGGCAAAGGAAGCGGAGGUGAAGGACGAAGCGGCGGGAGGCAAGCGAAGCGACGGCAACGAGCAGAAGCCUGCGACUAUCGGUUUCGCGUACGUCGAAUUUGAAGACUGCGAAUGGUCUGCCAAGGCGAGGAAAGUAAGUGGGCAUAAAGAUUAG